UUAUGCACGCACUAAAAACCGGAAACGGCUUUAAGCCAGUAAACAAUAGUGCCAGGCCCGAAGAAGUCCCUCCAUCAGAUAAUCACACCGUGGUUAUAGUUUGAAUUAGAAAAACGCGUUUCCGGUUUCAGACUAAAAUGUCUAAAGCGGAGACUCUGAGAGGGCUCGUCACGCGGAGACUCGCCGCGGCCUCGCGGGAGAUCCUCACGGUCGUGGACAGAAUCGUGUCCGGAUACGAGGACGAGGCGUCGGGCUUCAGAGACGAGAUCCACCGGCAGCAGAAGCAGCUGGAGGUCCUGCAGGAGCAGGUCGCGCUCAGCGCGGCAGAUGUGCGGCGCAGCAGGAGCCUCGGGCCUGUUGAGGAAGACGAGGAAGAUGAAGUGGAGGAAGAAGAAGAGCAACCAGAGAAGCUAAAGGACUCAGCAGAGGAAACUCCAUCAAGAUGUCAGCAUAAAAAGAGGAAGCCUGGCAGACCUCAGAUCAGUGAGACACAGAACCACGUGGACCUCAGGAUCCGGAUCCUGGAGGACUCUCGGACCGACGUGCUCUCAAACAACGUUCUGAAGAAAUGUCCGAUGCUGAGGCUGAGGUGUCCUCGAGGCCUGGAGGAGGCGGACUUCGUGGACCUGCUCAGGUCCAGCUUCCCUCAGCUGUCCGGAGACGACGGACGCUUCGACGUCUUGACGUCGGAUACGAGACGACGGUUGAAGCCUCUGAGGGUGAAGACGCUGACGGCGGAGGAGAUCCAGCGGAACGUCGGCUGCACGGGAGGGAAGUCCACGCUCUACAUCCGACUCAAGACAAAAAAGGAAGAAGAGACGAAUCCUCCACAGACGAACGCCGCUGAUGGGUCUCUGCAGACGAGUGAUGAAGUCAGACUUCAGACGAGCCCUGUUCAGGAGGUCGAAGGUCGCGGAGAAGAAGUGUCCAUCGGCUCAACAUCACAACAUCAAGACAUGGAAACAGAGGAAGCUGCUGAUGAUGAUGAUGAAGGUGGGACAUCAGAGCGAGCCGAGAGUACAGGACACGGUGGUGUUGAAAAGGAAGAAGAGAGAGAAGAAGACGAUCGGAAACCAGAGGAGAGCGACGGCAAGCCGAAAGAAAUCGACUCCGAGCUGCAGUCGGAGACGUCGAGGAAACAGAAGACCGAGAGCGGAGACGUUCUGUCCUGCAGAGUCUGCGGAGCGCCGCACGGAUCGCAGGUGGCAUUCGUCAAACACGCCUGGAGUCACGCGGACGACCCGGGACGUCUCUGCGGGGCGUGCGGAGAGCUCUCUGAGUCCGGCGAUGCGCUGAGGGAUCACCUUCAGAGCCGCCACCGAACCAACGACUGUCACUCGUGCGGGGAGUCUUUCCUCGGUGUUCUCGGUGGCCUCGGCGAGCGCGUGGAGAAACCGUACGAGUGUGACGUUUGCCGCGACGCGUCGAAGGUGUCCUCGGAGGAUCACCAGAAACCCCGCGAUGCGGGCAAACCGAACAAACGUCGCGCUCGCCGCAAAGCGCUCGCGCUGAAGGAACAGUUUAACGCUCGCCGCGGGACUUGUGCCGCCAAGAAGACGCACCUCUGCGGCGUGUGCGGCAAAUCUCUCAGCGACUACAGGUCCCUGACCCGCCACAAGAUGACCCACUCUGGGGAGAGACCCCACAGCUGUCAGAUCUGCGGGCGGCGUUUCAAGCUGCCCGGCACGCUGAGGCAGCACGAGAAGAUCCACGCGGACCGAGAGCGCUCGCACCUCUGCGACGUCUGCUGCAAGAUGUUCCUGACGAGCAAGCAGCUGCAGAUCCACCUGAGGACGCACAGCGACGAGAAGCCGUACCACUGUGGCGAGUGCGGCCGGGGGUUCACCACCAAGGGGCCCCUGACGAUCCACAUGCGGGUCCACACGGGGGAGACACCGUACCGCUGCCCCGACUGCGGCUGGUCCUUCAAACGCAAGAUCAACCUGGACAACCACGUGACGAUCCACUCGGGCCUCAAGCCGUUCAUCUGCGGGAUCUGCGGUAAAGCGUGCGCCCGGAAGUCGUACCUGACGGUCCACAUGAGGACCCACAACGGGGAGAGACCCUACAAGUGUUUGCUCUGUGACAAGGCCUUCACCCAGAGCCACUGUCUGAAGACCCACAUGAAGAGCCACCCGGUGGGCGAAGCGGCGACGUGACACUGACAAUGGACCGAAUUCAUUUUUACAUUCUGUGAUACUGUGAAUAUUUGUGUUUAUUUCUUAUUGAUAUGAAUCGGUUUUUUUUUGUGUAAAGUUGCAUGUAACGCUGUGAACAUCUGUACAAUCUCAGUUUUGAGGUGUUGGAUGGUGACGUGAACUGUAGUGUAUUUGAUUUAGAAGUAGUAAGUAAUACUGAAGUACUCCAGUCAGCUCGGUGAGGUUGUACUAAACCACAGCAUGUUCACAACGACGGGAAAUAAAAGGCUCAUGUUCAUGUUUACAUUGUUCCCCGUCUUAUUGAGUUUUGGACAAAUGAUGAUCAUUUUCGUAUGACAUCACUACCGUUACCUGACGGCUGCUCCACAAACAGACUGAUGUUCUGCUUGUUGGUCACAUGUUGUGAUAAACUUACUUGUGAGGGUUUUAUUGUGUUUGAGACGACCAGUUCUCAGCUUCUACUGGAGUCAAAUGAUUCAUCUUUUUCAAACCAACAGUUUAUAUAUAUAAAUUAGUGCUGGGCAACGAUUAAAAUAUUUAAUCGCGAUUAAUCGCAUGGAUUUUUU